UCUGCCAUGAGACCUUAGACAAGUACGAUCAUCAUCCAGCAUUGAGACUUGGAUUCGUUUGAGAGCGGAUCGCAGUCGGUUUUUGGUCGUGGGAGUUACAAUUUUCACUAGUUGUAAGCCCAAAAGUGUCGGUCGACGGGUUGUGGGACGAUUUUAGCGGUGUUUGCUUGCCAGGAGUGAAGUUGGUGUUGGGAAAGAAUUUGUUCGCACCGGGGCUUACUAGAUUCUCGGUAUUAUUCCAGUGAAUCAGUGCCGAAAGUGGUCUUAUUUCGUGUUCAGACGAGAUUCCAGGAUGGAGCAUUGAGUGGGGGCUCCCGAAGUUGUUUUUUUUUCGGUGUUUUCUAGCGUUCUAGUUCCAUUAUUCAUGAGAGGGGCUCUGGUGAGUUGGAAGUGAAAGAGCUUUGUUUGGCGAAACUCGAGCUCUCUGUUUCGUGUGAUUUCUUCGGGCAUGAUUGAUGAACCUUUCUCCUGGUGAUAUCAACGAGCGUUUUCGAUGUGCUACACUUGAAUGUGUCGACUAAUUCAAGAGAUGUUGGUGACGGUUUCGAACGGAUGAUGGUGGAGUUUUCCUACGCGUGUGAAACAUCCGUGAUUGUGGAGACAUAUUUAUUCGACAUUUAUGUGUGAGUGCCCACCUGGCCCACUGAAUCUCUGUGGUCAUGCCGACAGCGAUUUGCCACAAUUGUGAAUCGCACUCCAAUGCUGCUUUGGCCUUUGGACGCAAGAACCGGAUUGCUCAGUUACUCUCGUCCCCUCUACCUCAAUAUGGAAGCAAUAGUCAUUACAACAAUGGCCACAGCAAUAACAACAACAACAACAACAAUCACAGUUCCCCUCCUCGACUUCCCCCCAUUUCCCGCCCUCCAUCCACACCCUCACCGCCUCCGACAAGGGGGCGGGAAAGGGGGCGAAGUAGGGCGAAAGCGCGGAGAAAGGACUCGAUUUCUGCGGCUGUGAAACAAAGGGCUUUGUCUGUGUUGAGGCCCAAUCAAAACCGGUUACCACGAUCCCCCUCCCCUCCACCUGUAAAGAAAGGCGGUUCCAAGGAGUCAAUGCCUCCCUGUUCACAUUGUCAGCCUCGAUAUUCCGAUUCUCCAGAGAAAUUAGGUCUUCGGCCAACUUUGAGCAUUUUCUCGGAUGAUCUCCAACCUGAUUCAAAUUCCAUUCACAUGCAAUAUGCUCCCCCGGAACCCAAAGGUGUGUGGGAGAGAGCCAUUGCCAAAGUCAAAUCCAAUCAGGAUCAAAAUCUCAAUCCCGCACAUUCGGCUGGUUCGGCCAAGAAUCGUCGGGCCCGAUCCGAGGUUCGAACCCGAACCUCCGGACCCCUGCGAUCUAACGUGAAUGAAUUCUACGCGUCGGAUUUUAAGGGAAAUCAAAAGAAAUCGAACGAGUCCACUUACGGGAAAGAAAAUGCCAAUUUGAAGCGAACCUUGUCGAUUGUGGCUUACGCUGAACCCUCGGAAGGAGGCCGACAUCAUCGACCUCGAGCUCAAUUGCGGAGGAAAGCUCGGAUGGAACAAACCCAGAAGCAACUCGCUUCGAGAUCAAAAUCCAGAUCCAGAACCAGCCACGCCCACUUGGAGCAAUCGCUCGUCAAGGGGACAUUCACCAUUUGGCCCGGGAAAGAAGGGAUUUGGUUGCCAUUAUGGUACUUUGGAAAGAUUAAGAGGAUAGAGGCCGAGAAGAAGCUUCUGCUACAACAAAAUGAACACGGUGCAUUUCUUAUCCGCGACUCCGAAUCGCGGCGGAAUGACUAUUCCCUUUCGGUUCGCGACGGCGACACGGUCAAGCAUUACCGGAUUCGCCAACUGGAUGAGGGAGGAUUUUUCAUCGCUCGAAGAACCACUUUCAGGUCACUUCAGGAGCUCGUGGAACAUUAUUCCAGAGAGGCCGAUGGUCUUUGCGUCAACCUUCGCAAGCCUUGUGUUCAGAUCGAUAAGCCUAACACUGCCGAUUUGUCCCACGCGACCACAGACCAAUGGGAAAUCGAGAGACGCAGCCUAAAAUUCAUUCGACGACUUGGCCAAGGCCAAUUUGGCGAAGUGUGGGAAGGCCUAUGGAACGGAACCACACCCGUGGCCAUCAAGACACUCAAACCUGGCACCAUGGACCCCAAGGACUUUUUAGCCGAGGCUCAGAUUAUGAAGAAACUUCGUCACCCCAAGCUCAUCCAGCUGUAUGCCGUAUGUACGCUGGAGGAGCCCAUUUACAUUAUCACCGAGCUCAUGAAAAACGGCAGCUUGCUCCAAUUUCUUCAAGACAAGGGUAAAACCCUGAAACUUCCGCAGCUCAUCGACAUGUCAAGUCAGAUUGCGUCCGGAAUGGCCUUUCUGGAAUCUCAGAACUACAUUCAUCGCGAUUUGGCGGCUCGCAAUGUUUUAGUGGGGGAUAACCACUUAGUGAAGAUCGCCGACUUCGGAUUGGCUCGCAUCAUCAAAGAGGACGAAUAUGAGGCGAGGGUGGGCGCCAGGUUCCCCAUCAAGUGGACGGCUCCCGAGGCAGCAAACUACUCCAAGUUCUCCAUCAAAUCAGAUGUGUGGAGCUUCGGAGUCCUCCUCACGGAAUUGGUCACGUACGGAAGGAUCCCAUAUCCAGGCAUGACGAACGCAGAGGUGCUGCAUCAAGUUGAACACGGCUAUCGGAUGCAAGCUCCGCAAGAUUGUCCUCCGCAGCUGUAUGAUAUUAUGCUCGAGUGCUGGCACAAAGACCCAAUGAAAAGACCCACGUUCGAAACGCUUCAGUGGCAACUGGAGGAUUUUUUCACGCUCUCCGAUUCAGAGUACAAGGAAGCCUCGGGCUAUUAGCGAGAUUACCUAACCACCUUCCAAAUCAACCCACAAUCAACCACUCUGAAGGAUGUCCGCUUUCAGUGUUCUUUCAUUUCUCAACAGUGAAUUGGUCGCUCAAAAAAAGUCGUUUUCCAGUGUUGCCUAUGACUAGUGCCGUGGUUGUUCCUGCUGCUACUACUACUAAUACCACAACAACCACCAGCAGUAGCUCAACUAACGAGUGGUGUCCUCCGAUAUAGGUAUCAAUCAAUAUUCGUGGUUUGGUUCCGCAGGUUGGCAUAUUGCAAACCCAGCGUUCUUUCCACUACAUUAUUAUUGGCCUAACUUGCCUUUUUCUCAACAGCCACGACAGUAAGCCCCUUCUUUACAAACACGCACAGUACGUAUUGCAGUAUUUAAUUCGUUUGUAUUCGCCGCCAUCCCAAUUCACCACCGAUGAUACUACUUUUACUACAACAACAACAACAACAACAUCAACAACAACAACUACUACUAUUGUUACUACAAAUAAUGAUUCACUGUACUAUCCCACCCGUUGCCACAUGUGUAUCCUCUUCCAAUACUUUCAUCCUUACGGCAACGAAAGCUAUUUCUUCGUCUACAACCAGAACACAGAUUAUGCGAAUUAUAUUCAACCCUUAUUACUAUUUCUGUUCAAAAUCCACAAUCAAUCUGCCAUUGAUGGAGUGAUAGAUCAAAAUUGAUUCAUUUGUACAAUGUCAUGAUUUGCCUUUGUUGAAUAAAUCAGAUUAACUACUCUA